GGAAGCUGAGCGCGCGGAGAGCUGUGGCGAAGCCUCGCGAGCGCCCAUCUCCCUGGGUCCACCAGCGCUGAUCUCACAGCCAUCUGGAUGCAGCACUCCCUGCGAUCCACGCGUUUGUAGCUUGGAGCUUUUAAAUUGAGGUCAAGCAUCGCGACGUCGUGCUCGCAGUCUCCAGCGAGCGCCGCUUCCAAUGUUUACUUCUCUGGCAUGUCUUCUCCAGCCGGGGGGGAAGCAGAGCUGAGCAACAGAGGAAACCUUCCUCUCGUGCAUUAGUUGGAGGAGCCUUCCCCUCUCUGCUGCACCGAGUAUGCACUAGCUACCCCGCAGUUUGAGCUGUUCAUCGCGGGCAAGUCUUCCGUCGACAACCGCGGCUCCUCUUCUGCUCCAUGAUGGCGAUGUUUCGGAGCUUUGUGUCGGCGAGCACCCAGUUCCGCCAGCAGCAGCAGCCGCAGCCGCAGCAGCAGCAGUCCAGCAGCGGCCCCGGCCCGCUGGCAGCCCCCCCUGAGGCCGUAGAGAGCCAGUUCUCCUGUCCCAUCUGCUUAGAGGUUUACCACAAACCCGUCAGCAUCGCCAGCUGCGGACACACGUUCUGUGGGGAAUGUCUGCAGCCAUGUCUUCAGGUGGCCUCGCCCCUCUGCCCUCUUUGUCGUGUGCCCUUUGACCCCAAGAAAGUGGAGCGCUCGUCCAAUGUGGAGAAACAGCUGGCUUCCUACAAAGCCCCCUGCAGGGGCUGCACCAAAAAGGUGUCUCUGGUGAAGAUGAGGUCCCACAUUUCCUCCUGUUCCAAAGUACAAGAGCAGAUAGCCAACUGUCCCAAGUUUGUCCCGGUGGUCCCCACCUCCCAACCUAUACCAAGCAAUAUCCCAAACCGCUCGACAUUUGUGUGUCCAUUCUGUGGGGCCAGAAACCUGGACCAGCAGGAACUGGUGAAGCACUGUAUGGAAAACCACCGCAAUGAUCCCAAUAAAGUGGUGUGCCCGGUGUGUUCAGCCAUGCCAUGGGGAGACCCCACCUAUAAGAGCUCCAACUUUCUGCAGCAUCUUCUUCACAGACAUAAGUUCUCAUACGAUACCUUUGUUGAUUACAGCAUUGAUGAAGAGGCAGCGCUUCAGGCAGCUCUGGCUCUGUCCCUGGCUGAAAACUGACAACAGUCACCACACUGUCCUCUUCACGCCUCCUCUUCCACGGGUCAGAACCUUUCAAUCCUCACAUGGACCAAGCUGAUCCGACUGUAUCAUAAAAUUGCAGCUGACUUUAAAUAAUAACCUCACUCCUUUCUCCUGGUGUAGCAGUGCACUUUAAUUUCUUUCCAAAACAAAAACAACUUGUGACUACCUUCAUGGUUCCACGUGGAUUUAAUGUUUGUAAGGAUGAGCCGACCCGUUGGUCCGGAACGGAUCCAAUUACUACUCAAGAAUGAAAAUGACACCUUGACUUUGCAAAUCCCGAUCCUCGAUCUGGAAGCAGUUCAUCGGUGCACAGUUUAAGAUCCCAUCUGGACCACUGCAGCAUGAAGGGCUACCUCCCUGGACAAGGUUCUAUCUGUUCAUUUGUUGAAACCUGGUGCUGGCUCUUAAACCCUGGUCUGUGGUCCAGCUCCCCGACCACGUGUACCUGAAGAACUGACUGCGCGUAGUCACUGUGAGGAACCGGUUUCUUCUUCUGCAGCGACCACGAUGGAACCUUUGGCUGCCGAUCAGCAUGAUCCAACUAGCACCUGCACAAAUACAAGCAUCUUCUGAGAGACUGCAGCGAGCAGUGGAGGAGAUCUCCAGAGCAGCACUCUCAGGCUGCAGGGGAUCAGGCGCACAACAACUGGACCUUUUAUGUUGCUCUGAAGUGAAACACUUUUAACUGACCCAUGUUUUUACCCUUCCAUGUGUGUUGCUGUCCACAACAUCUUUUUAUGGUUAUGAUUGAUGAUCAGUGAACCCAGCAGCACCAUCCCCUCUAACAGAACCACAAGGUUGCCCCCCCCCCCUUCCCUAACCUGAGAGUAGUUUUUUAUUGUUUUGACUGUGGUGAGAAUUCAACAGAGUAUGUUCACUGCAGGAAUCUGCAUGGUUGCCUUGGUCAGGCAGCCUUUGGGUGUGUCUGAACUCACUGAGAAAGAAGCUAAGCACCCAGAACCCAAUUUAAACACAAACAGGACCACAUGCAGACCAGGGGAGGAUACGCAAAACACGUCAUGUCUUCAAGAGUCACUGCUGAGUGUAUAGUUGAGAUCAAAGUUGUUUAUUCCCCUGGCAGAUUAAGGUUUAAAGUUAUGUUCCUUCUGUUGGUAAGUAAUGUCAAGUUUUUGGAGCGGCCCAGCCAGAAUGUGGAGCAAGCUAAAGAUUAGGGUGAUGGUAAGGAGGAUGUCCAACCUCACAGACUUGAAGCCCCCCAAAGAGAAAUUCAUGGCUCAGCAGUUAGACGGGUUGAUUAUGGUAGUACUACAAAUUUUUACAUUUAUUGAGGAGGGUCUAAAUAAUUUUAAUCAUGCCUUUU